GGCGACUUCGCUGGGUCCACGCUUGCUGUGAGUGAUUUAUUGCGCGCGAUAACUUCCUUUGCUGUUGUCGCAAUCUGACCGAAUUCUCCCUACAAGCAACAUUGUAGAUUAAAUUUUAGACUUUCUAAUCCACACUUGUACCGCCAAAACCACACCACUACGAGCGCAAACCCCAAUCUACACUGCGCAACGACCCUCUUGUCGCAAAGCACACCUCAACUUCCACCCAAACUACCUUUCACACCUCCAGAAUGGACUACGUAAUCGAGAACGUCGUCGAGUGGAAGAACCGCUUCGUCAACAAUGGAAUCAAGUCUUUGGAGGAAAUGACGGCCCAGCGCUGGGUCCGCAUCAUCGCCAUCAUCGGCGCCUACCUUCUCAUCCGCCCAUACCUGCUCAACGCCGCGGCUAAGAAGCAAAAACAACAGCUGGAAAGAGAGGCCGAAGAGCUGGGUCUCGGCAAGAGCGACGGCCCAAAUGCGAAUGACUUCCGGGGCAAGGGCGUCAAGGUCACCAAAGGGGAGGUCAAGAAGAAAGAAUAGGGCACAUAUAUGGGGUAACCGGGUAUCUGGGGGGGAUAGGGAAUAAUGAAGGUGUAACGACGGAACCAAGGUGGACUAGAUGGAUGUAUACAGGCAUUCCAAUGGAGUUCUGGGACAAGCUUUGCCAACAUGCGAAGCUUUUUUGCAUCAUGUGGCUGGGUGGAACGGGUAGAAUGUUCGGUGAUACGAGAAGAGUCAUUCCUAAGCUCAUCGAUUCACGGGACGCGCUUCUAAUGGACACUUCAUGAUCUUGAGGAUUAUAUGCAGAGUCGGCACGGUAUCUUUAGUACACGUGUACGGGUUGCUUGUUACCCAUAUCCUGUUCAAUCUCGCAUGAUUCUCAAUUCG